ACAGUAAUACCAACAUUACAGGCGUCCUCCAUCUUGCUGGGGGCAGCUGACAUUUGUUUGCGAGAGCAAAACCACGGGAAUAUAGCAAACACUUCCUCAAAAUGGGUGCCUCUGCGAUUCCUAUUGCUGUUUUCACCAUCCUAUGGGGCGUCGUUGGUAUUGUGUGCCCCUUCUUUGCCCCUAAGGGUCCUAACAGAGGGAUUAUCCAGGUGGUGUUGAUGUUAACAGCUGCCACAUGUUGGUUAUUCUGGCUGUGCGCGUACAUGGCGCAGAUGAACCCGCUCAUCGGGCCCAGACUCAGCAACGAGACACUCAUCUGGAUGGCGCGCAAAUGGGGAAACCCCAUCAACAUGACUGCAUAGAUCAGCGGCCAUUUAUUUAAUUUAAUUCCACACAUAUUUGUGAAUAUCUCCCUAACAUCGAGGGAUUGUUAAAUAACAUCAAAAAACAUUAUGUACGAUGCUACGAUGUAGUGCAUAAUUGUUUUCCAUCAUAUUUUCUCGGAAACGUUCGUAUUUAAUAUUACCUAACCCCCAAGUCGAUUUCUAGUUACCGCAAUAUAAUGAAUUUAUAUGUAUAAUGCGUGUACCUUUGCUGUAAUAUACAAGUAUUUAUAUUUCAUAUUUACUAUUGACAAAUGUUUAUUUAUUUAUUAUUACCUGACACACAAGUCGCGCAGUAUGCCGUUCCGCACACCUCCUCUCCUCCUGGCUCCACAGAAAACCAGCGCCGUUGACAACGCUUAGUCGUGCCAACUGCAUUGCUGAGUGGAGACCAUUUCAGCCUCACAUCCUUAUCUGUUAGUUUUGUAUUUUUCACCUUUGUUUUUUUUUCUUGUUGUUGUUAAUGUAUCUUUGUAAUGUAAUAAUGAUGUGUUGCCUGAAUAAAUAUUAUUCUAUUCUAUUCUAUUCUAUUUGUCAUGCUACUUCAGUCAAACUCAGUACUUUUUGUACCGAGACUGACUUAUAGCAAGACGCGUUCGUACGUUUCCGUGAAAACACGAUUGGAAAAUAAUUAUGCACUAUAUCUGUACCUAUAUGUAUUCGUGAAAAUAUCCUUAACAUUUUGGGACUUGAAUUUAAUAUAAAAAUAAUACAAACGCCUUUAUUAUAUUUGUGAAUAUCUCCGUAACAUCUAGGGACUGUUGAAUUAAAUGUAAUAAUUUAAUAAAAUAAUAUGAAACAUUAAUAUAAGCCCGUUCAAGUGAAAAGUAUUUAAUGAUCAUUCCGUUCUCUGUCGAAGUGUAAAUGGUGUGAACCUCUGUUUAAACUUAUAUAUUGUAGAUAUUUUAUUUCAAUAAAGUUAUGUGAGUUAA